UCGUUUCUUCAGGAGACGAUAAAGGGAGCUGCUUCGUACAGUGAAGUAUCAAUAAGUGAAACAAGUCUCGAAAAUAUGUUCGGAGAAACAUAUUUACGGUUAGCAGCGUUGGUGUCAAUAUUGAUAGCAAGUGCACACGGAUACAUAGUGAAGGACGGAAAUUGCUCGUUGGUUUCCGCUGGCAUUCCAGUUGUGACAAACUUUGACCUACAGAAGUACCUUGGCAGGUGGUACGAGAUUGAACGAUACGAACAGGAUUUCCUGCGCGAUCUUGAGUGCGUGACGGUUGAGUACAAAGACAAUGUGGAGAAUGCAACAAUUGAGCUUAAAACCAAAGGCUAUUCGACCGAAAAAGAGGCCUACGCUUCGUUCACAGGAACCGCAAGAGUUUACGAUCCUCUUGGAAAACCUCCUGGAGGAAAGUUGAUAGUGAACUACGGAAUAAAAUCUAGCAACGAAUCCAACUACUGGAUUGUGGACACCGACUACACACGAUUUUCGAUUGUUUACACGUGUAUGCAAAUCGAUGGUUCCGAAUCGGUUAUCGAGGGAUAUUGGAUGCUAUCCAGGACACCGGAGCUAACAGAAGAACUACAGAUAACAGAGAAGCUGGAAUUUCUCAAAAAUACCUACUUUAUACCAUCGCACGUGAGAAGCACCAACCAAACUGAAUCACUAUGCCGGAAAGAACCCGAGAAGCAACCAGUUCCGGCUGCUUUGAUAUUACCACCACUGCCAUAGUUUCAGCUCCAGUCGGUUAGAUUAGUAACGUUAUCGUAUUAAUUAUAACUUUUCCAUCACUUUUACGAGCGAUUAUUAAGGUACGGAUAGACGAAGCUAUACGAUAUGCCAAUCGGAGAAAACUGGACACGUCAACAUCCUGUGUAAAAUGCGGUGUUUACCAGCACACAAAACACAGUAAUUUGCUGUUCAAUUAUAAAGUUUAGUGUAAAUAAUACGAAAAAUAAUUGAUGUAAUCUAGCAACUAGUUUACAACAUUGGAAACGUGCAAUAGUGUCCCAAGUAAAGAAAUGAAUUGAAAAAACAUACCGACGAAGAAUUCAAUUUGUCUCUGAACUUUUGGAAACCAAAUGAACGUUGUUAAAUCAACAAAAAAAUUAAACCAAAAUAAUCAUCAUUUAAGAGCCAUUUUGAUUUGAUUAAAACUUAAAGCACGUAUUUAGUAUGGCAUAUCAACAAUUCGACUGUAGACUGAUUUAUAGAAAAGAUGGUAAUUUUGCCAACAUUUUCCUCUAAUCUGUGUAACUCGGAAACCGAUAAUUACUCAAAAACAAAUACAUAGUACAUUCUCGCUGAAUACUUUCUCAAGGCCUAAAAUUUCGUCGGAAAAAUAAGCUUUAACAAUUUUUCAGAUUGAAAAUCAAUAAAUUUAUGUUCCACCUAGAAAAAAGUCAUUCUCGAGAAAUUUAGACGUGAGAUUCAAAGUACUUAGAUGAGCGGUUGAAAAAAAAUCGGAUAAUUGCAACUUAGUUUGGAAAACCCGUUUACGAAUUUUUGAAAGCAAAAACCGCAUAGAAAUAUUAAGUGCAAAAACCGGACUCGGAUUUUUCAAUGAAAGAAUCGUUUAAAAACUUUUUUUUUGCAAAAACCAGACAAAAAAUACUUUGAAUGCAAAAUCCGGACAAAAACUCAACCGGUUCUUCCAAAACAAAUGAUUUUAUUCGGUUAUCACAUUCAAUGAUUCUACCGAUUGCCGCCGUAAAAUCGUUAAUAAAAUUGUAAUAAAAUCCCAAUAAAUAAAAGUCUAAUAAAAAUCUCAUCACAAAGCACGAUUGUUGCAACUGUUUAAAAAAAAAGGAAUAUUACACUAUUUACUUGAAUUUCAUACACAGAAGUAGCACAAGCACAGGAUUAUCUUUAUCUGUGUAAUCUCAGCAAAUACAGUGACCACAAUCAAGAGCUCAAGCGCUACGUGUGCUUGAGACAAUAAAAGUCCUGCGCUCUUCUUACUUCUAUAAGUGGUAUUUUUGCAUUCAACUAGAAUUAACAAGAAACAAUUUUUUUGUCUUUAUAAUCAGUAGUCAGAGUGUAUUUUUCGCGGUUUUUUCAUUGCGUAUUGCUAUUGCGUAUUGGAAGCUCUAAAAAUAAAUAUCUGAAUAUCAUCACAUCCUAGAGUAAAUCGCUGAUUGGCUGAUAAUCACGAGAAUGAUAAUUUAUAAUAGUGUGCAAAUUUCUAGAACACAACUAUAGUGAUAUUGAACGAAAUGAUAUUUUCCUUAUACUCAGUGGGGAUUUUUGACUACUAUCAAGUCUUUGUUCAUGUACACUUUUUUCGUAACUCUUUUUACGAACCAAAUAACGUACACUUUUUCAUGAAGUAAAUUCUUAAUAACGUAUACUUUUUUACGAAUGACGAACCCCGCUUUAAAUCGUAAAUGGGGGUUCGAUGUAUUUGAUAAUUUCGCAGCACCGAUCAGAAGGAAUAGUUAAUUAGUAAAAAAUACACAUUCUAUCGCAUUUUUAUGUAGCUUAAUAGAUAAAGAAACUCCCUUCGGUCGUUAACGCACAGGUGUUGUGUAAAUCCGUCAUCCUGCAGAAUCAUCCAACACGUUCUGUGAGAUAUUUAAUCUUACCUCUGACCUUAAAUAGAACCAACAUAGGUAUUAAAUGUUUUGACUAGAAACCAAUUGAUCAAAAAGUCAUCUUUCAAUUUCUGGAAUAAUAUCAUCAGUUA